CAGGAAAUACAUUGUGGGGGUAUUCGAAUGUAGGGUGUGCCUCAUCACAAGCGGAGCGACGCCUGCGCAACAAGUCGACCAUGGCAGGGCAAAGGAAACUCCUGAGCGAGAUAGAUCGGACAUUGAAGAAGGUGACCGAGGGUGUGGAGGUGUUCAAUGGCAUCUGGGAUAAGGUGUAUAGCGCCGCAGGGCAGGCACAGAAGGAAAAGCACGAGGCAGACCUCAAGAAAGAAAUCAAGAAGUUGCAGCGGUUCCGGGAUCAAAUCAAGACAUGGAUCGGCAAUUCAGACGUGAAGGACAAGCGGCCACUCACAGAUGCGCGGCGUCUCAUUGAGAGCAAGAUGGAGGAGUUCAAAGUGUGCGAGAAGGAGACGAAAACCAAGGCGUAUUCGAAGGAGGGGUUGGCACAGGCGGACCGAUUGGACCCGGCGGAACAAGCAAAGCAAAGCACUAUCGGGUGGAUUCAGGACGACUUGACCCAGUUCAGCGAGCAGAUCGAGUCGAUGGAAUGCGAGAUCGAGCGGCUGCGCGCGAUCAAGGGCAAGAAGAACAAGGCGGACAUGGAGGCCCUCGAGCUCGUGAUUGCUCGGCACAAGUGGCACGUGCUAAAGCUCGAGCAAAUCGCUCGGCUGCUAGACAACGACGCGAUCGACCCCGCCGACGUGGACGGUUUGAAAGACGACAUUGACUACUACCUGGAGGCGAACCAAGAGCCCGACUUUAUGGAAACGUACGGAGAAGACGACAUUUACGAGGUCUUGGACUUGGACGCGCUCACCAACAUCCAGCUGAACUCGAAUGGAGACAACGACGAUGACGGAUCGGACCACGAGACGGAGCCGCCGCCGCCGCCACCCGUCCCCGUCUCGAGCCGGAGCACAUCCAGCACUCGCGCUGCCGCCAAGAAACCGUCGGUGUCAGCACCUUCGGCGGCGGUGCCGACACCUGCGUCGGCCGCGUUGCCCGCCGCUGGCAUUGGUCGUGGUGUGCCUGGCAAGGUGGAGCCUCCCCCACGGGCAGUUGUGCCCCCGCCACCGAUGCUUAAGGAACCCAUGGCCCAAGUUCUCUUGCGCAAGGAACAAGCGGCGCAGGCUGCCGCCGCCGCCCUGGCCGCCAAACAGAGCGAUCCGUUUCCGCCCGUUGGAGCGUCGAUUCCUCCUCGAGACCUUCCUGGUACCCCAACGGCGUCGCCGUCUCGUCAGGUGCCACCACCUCCGCCAUCGACGACCACGAUUGGCAAGCCACGACAAGCCAGCAACAGCAGCGUAGAAAACCCUCCACCGACACAGGCAGCCUCUUUGGCGACCGCUGCGCCGUCGUACGAUGACUUGAAGACAUCAACGAACGGCAGUGCGUCCCCGUCGAAGGCAACGUCGUCACCUGCCCCCACGGUGCCCCUUCCGCCGCAACCGCCCGUUGUCCUGAGCGACGAGCGGCGUCAGUUGCUCCGAUGGAUCGACGAAAGCUUCAAACUCAUGCCGGACGCCGCCGACUCAGACAAGACGAGCCGAUACGUCCCGCGCAACAUGUACCCGACGCCUCCGUCGUUUCCGUCGGUGCCGUCGCCGCUGUUUGAGAACCCCGCCGUGUUUGAGAAACUGGAUCUGGACACGCUCUUCUUUAUCUUUUACUACCAGCAAGGCAGCUACCAGCAGUACCUGGCCGCGCUCCAACUCAAAAAGCAAGCGUGGGGGUACCACAAAAAGUACAAGACCUGGUUCAAGCGUCACGAAGAGCCGCAAAUGACGGGCGAGGACUUUGAGCAAGGCACUUUUGUCUACUUUGACUACGAGACGGGCUGGUGCCAGCGCAUCAAGACGGAGUUUACGUUCGAAUACAGCUACCUUGAAGACGAACUGGUAUAGGACUAGAAACCAUGCCCGAUAACAUAUACUAGUAACACCACACCCUUCAAUCCCA